UCCCUCAAAAUGUGGCUCUACCUGGUGACCCUUGUGGGCCUUUACUACCUUCUGCGUUGGUACCGUGAGAGGCAGGUGGUGAGCCAUCUCCAAGACAAGCAUGUCUUCAUCACGGGCUGUGACUCGGGCUUUGGGAACCUGCUGGCCAGACAGCUGGACAGGAGAGGCAUGAGGGUGCUGGCUGCGUGUCUGACGGAGAAGGGAGCUGAGGAGCUGAGGAACAAGACAUCAGACAGGCUGGAUACAGUGAUCCUUGAUGUCGCCAAGACAGAGAGUAUUGUGGCAGCCACUCAGUGGGUGAAGGAGCGUGUUGGGAACAGAGGACUCUGGGGUUUGGUUAACAAUGCAGCCGUUUUCCCACCAAUUUCCUACAUUGAGUGGCUGAAACCUGAGGACUACAUGUCUGUCUUUCAAGUGAACCUCGUUGGUUUGGCCCAGGUGACUCUGAGCAUGCUUUUCCUGGUGAAGAAGGCUCAGGGCAGGAUUGUCAAUGUCUCCAGUGUUUUGGGAAGAGUCGCUUUUUUUGGAGGAUUCUACAGUUGCUCCAAGUAUGGCGUUGAAGCAUUUUCAGAUAUACUAAAACGUGAGGUUCAAGAUUUUGGGGUGAAGGUCAGCAUAAUUGAACCUGGGAGCUUCAAAACUAGAAUGACAGACCCAGAGUUAACCAUGGAGAGAAGCAAGAAAGCCUGGGAAGCAGCCCCUGAGCACGUCAGGGAAUCCUAUGGACAGCAGUUUUUUGACGACUUUUACAGAGUCACCAAACAAAACUUGAUGAUGAGCAACACCAACCUGAACGUUGUCACCGACUGCAUGGAGCAUGCACUGACUUCUACGUAUCCACGCACCCGAUACUCUGCUGGCUGGGAUGCCCAGUUUAUCUUCAUCCCUCUAUCUUAUUUGCCUACGUCACUGGCAGACUACAUAUUGACCAGAUCUAGGCCCAAGCCAGCUCAGGCAGCCUGA